UGUGGAAAAGACAAAAACUAAGGACCAUUAUCCAAAUGAAAAUGAAGAUAUAGGAUCACAGAGGAUGUUAUCAACAGGGAUCUUGGGGGCUAUUGUCCAGGACCCAGAGUUUCAAGAAAGUUAUGACUGUGAAGGCAGGUUAGAACUGCAGCAAGGAAGCACAUCAGGCCACAGAGUCACUAAAUCUCCCCAGGAGAAAUCUUUCUGGCAUGUGACACUUUUUCCCACCAAUGCCACUUCAGAGGAGAGAGGCCAUGAGUACAAAGGAAUCCUAGAUCUGAACUUAAAGAUGGUUCCACACUCAGGAAAUCUUUCAAGAGAAAGAGCUCAGCAAUGUGAUUCUCAUAAGCAUAGUCACAGACAAAAUGCAGUGCCUUUAAGAUAUCACCUACCUAAUAAUGAAGAGAAACCCUCUAUAGGUGGGGAAGCUGGCAGUUGGCCUUCAGGCUUUGAUUGUAGAGGAAGGAAGAGCAAGGUAUAUAAAUGUGAUGAGUGUGGGAAAACCUUUGGAAGGAAAUCCUGCUUCAUUAGACACCAAAGAAUUCAUAGUGGAGAGAGGCCCUAUGAAUGCAAAGAAUGUGGGAAAGCCUUUAAUCAGAAUUCUACACUAGCUAAACAUCAAAGAAUCCAUACGGGGGAAAAGCCCUUUGAAUGUUAUGAAUGUGGAAAAGCUUUCAGAAGGAGUUCAUCCCUUACCAGGCAUUGGAGAGUUCAUACAGGAGAGAAACCUUAUAAGUGUAAAGAAUGUGGAAAAAUGUUUGGGGGGAGAGGAAAUCUAAUUAAUCAUCAGAGGACACAUAGUGAAGGAAAACCCUGCGAAAGUAGAGUAUGUGGGAAAUACUUCAAGGGAUGUUCAGGCUUUAGUAAGCAUCAGGAAAUCCAAAGUGGAGAGAAGACCCAUGAAUUCAAAGAAUGUGGAAAAGCCUUCAUACAUCACUCAAACCUCAGUAAUCAUCAGAGAAUCCAUAGUGUAGAGAAGCCCUAUGAAUGCGAAGAAUGUGGGAAAGCCUUCACAUUUAGGUCAGGCCUUAGUAAGCAUCAGAGACACCACAGUGGAGAGAAGCACUAUCAAUGCAAAGAAUGUGGAAAAGCCUUCACAUUUAGGUCAGGCCUUAUUCUGCAUCAGAGAAUCCAUAGUGGAGAGAAGCCCUAUGAAUGCAAACAAUGUGGGAAAUCCUUCAUACAGAGCUCAGACCUUAGUAAGCAUCAGAGAAUCCAUAGUGGAGAGAAGCCCUAUGAAUGCAAAGAAUGUGGGAAAACCUUCAGGGGAAGUUCAGGCCUUAUUAGGCAUCAGAGAAUCCAUAGUGGAGAGAAGCCCUAUGAAUGCAAAGAAUGUGGGAAAACCUUCAGGAGAAGUUCAGGCCUUAUUAGGCAUCAGAGAAUCCAUAGUGGAGAGAAGCCCUAUGAAUGCAAACAAUGUGGGAAAGCCUUCAUCCACAGCUCAGUUCUUAGUCAGCAUCAGAGAAUCCAUAGUGGAGAGAAGCCCUAUGAAUGCAAACAAUGUGGGAAAGCCUUCACAUUUAGUUCAGGCCUUAGUAAGCAUCAGAGAAUCCACAGUGGAGAGAAGCCCUAUGAAUGCAAAGAAUGUGGGAAAACCUUUACAUUUAGGUCAGACCUUAGAAGUCAUCAGAGAAUCCAUAGUGGAGAGAAGCCUUAUGAAUGCAAAGAAUGUGGAAAAGCCUUCAUACACAGCUCAUACCUUAGUAAGCAUCAAAGAAUCCAUACUGGAGUGAAGCCCUAUGAAUGCAAAGAAUGUGGGAAAGACUUCACAUUUAGUUCAAGUCUUAGUAAGCAUCGGAGAAUCCAUAGUGGAGAUAAGCCCUAUGAAUGCAAAGAAUGUGGGAAAACUUUCAGGGGAAGUUCAGGCCUUAUUAGGCAUCAGAGAAUCCACAGUGGUGAGAAGCCCUAUGAAUGCAAACAAUGUGGGAAAGCCUUUACAUUUAGGUCAGACUUUAGUCAGCAUCAUAGAAUCCAUAGUGGAGAGAAGCCCUGUGAAUGCAAAUAAUGUGGGAAAGCUUUCAUAUACAGCUCAGGCUUUAGUCAGCAUCAGAGAAUUCAUAGGUGAGAGAAGCCAUAUGAAUAUAAAGAAUUUGGGAGAGCUUUUCCAGUGAGGUCAAGCCUUAUUGGACAUCAGAGGAUCCAUAGUGGAACAAAACCCUAUACAUGUGAAAACUGUGAGAAAGCCUUCACGUGGCAUUCAAACCUCAAUUACCAUCAGAGUGCUCGCACUGGAGAGAAGUCUUAUUCAUGUAUUAAGUAUGAAAAUCUUCAGAGGGUGCUCACAUCUCACCAAACAUUGGAGAAUUCAUACUGGUGAGAAACCCAGUGAAUGUAGUGAUUGUGAGAAAGCCUUCCAUCAAAACUCCAGUCUCAUUCAGCAUAAAAAAAUUCACCGAGCUUAACCUAGUAUAGUAAAUAUCAGGGAAACUACUGUCAGAAGUGUUUUGCUGGAUCCCAGAGAAAAAAAAAGCAGGGUCAGACUCCAUAAAUGAUUAUAAAUUCUUUAAAGGCAGAGCUUUUUCUCAGAUUUGUUUUGUUCAGCAAGUAAGUGCAAUUCUGGAUUGGUAUCUAGUAAAUAUGUUUUCACAUUGAUUCAUCAAAAUGGCAUUGAAGGGAUAGUUGAAAGAGACACUUCUCUCGACCAAAUCCGUAUUCUUUUUCCUUCAGUUCCCUUUGGCAUGACCUUUUGCUAUCACUUCUCAUCUCUAUACCUCUAACCUGACAUGCUCCAAUAGCUGAUAAUAACGUUAUGGCCAUGUGCUCCAUCCCAGUGUCUUCAGCUCCUUCAGUCAGCAGCAGUACCAUUUUUACAGGCUGAAGUCAUCUCCAUUUCAAAUGGUUUUCACCAUCUGUAUCUACAUGGCUUUUUUUUGCAUCUACACUUAAAUGUUAUUUAUGUUACUUUUCUAGAUAAAAUGUUAGCUCCAUGAGCAGCAGGGUCAUUUUUUCCAUACUUACCUGCUCUUUUUUGUGUCUGGCUUCCCUGUCUGAUUUGUAUUCCUUUUCAAUAGAGGGAUGGAUUUGGAGUCAGCAAGACGUAGGAUCAAGGUCUGCCUCUAACAUUUAGCAGCAUUGCAAUUAUGGACCAAUUCUUCAAUCCCUGGCAACUCUAAGGCAUGCAUGUUUUAUUAUUAAGCACUUAUUAAGCACCUACUUUGUGUCAAGCACUGGGAGAGAAUAUGAAGCUGAAAACCUCAAACAGGUACUGCCCUCAGAGAAUUUCUGUUCUAAUAAGGGAGUGAGAGUACAUGUGCACAAAUAAGGUCAGUGGAGGAAGAGGUCCCUAACUGUGAGAGAGUACAAUCAUCAGAUAGGAUCAAGGAUGCAAGACAUGAAGGAAGCUAAACUCUGAGAGAGAGAAUGAGGUGAAAGGCAGUCCAGGCAUGGUGCAAAUGCAUGGAAGGAGGAAAUGGAAUAUUGAGUUGAGGGAGAAGUUGACCAGUCUGAUUUGAAUGUAGAGUUCACACAGGGGGAAAAACAUGAGGAUGGACAGGUGAGGUGGAAUCAACAUGCAGAGGACCUGAAGGCCCUUACAUAUUUCUUGAAUACUUUCCAAAGAUCCACCUGGAGUUUUACUUUCUCCUAAGCUUUUGUUGACUACUAAAGUACAUCCACUGAUUUUUCCCAUCUCAUAACUCUUGUAGCGCUGAUUGUAAUGAUUGAAGCCAUGUUUUUGUAUUACCUUAAAUUCUUUGAGAUCAAUGUAGAUCUCUUGGUUAUUAUUUUAUCUCCUAACAGUAAUGUCUCUUUUCUGAAAGUCCUCAUUUGGGUAAAAUGAGAAGGCAAGAUUGGAAGCACUGAGACUCUGUAACCUCCUGGGUCAGCCAUGGAAUGGUAUUUAUUGGACAGACAGCUUGCUGUGUUCCUAUAUGUUCUCUUGGCACAGACCACGGAUUCCAGGAAUGAAUGUCCUUGUCCGAUCACAGCCAUUCCUGGGACAGUACCAGGAAAGUAGCAGGGUCCAGGAUAGCCCUGAGAUCACUACUUACAGGAGAGGUGGUUCCUUUUUCCAAACAGUAGGACAUCUGCCCUAAAGAAGAAAGAAAAAUGACAAAGAUAAGGAGACCAGAAUGUAAGGAGAUGGAAAUCAGAUAGAGGCCUAUAAAGAGUCUAUAGUUAAUGAAGGUGAGGUUUCAAGACUCUCCAUUCUCAUGAAUUUGUCUUUGUUCAUCUCUUCAUGAACACAAAUUAUUGUGCUGAGCUGUGGGUAAAGAAGAUGGCAGUCCAACUACCUAGCUUUUUCAAUCAUUCCUGGGCAGCUAUCUGGGUCCUUGACCCUAGAACUCACCAUAAAACAUUGAUUGGCCUGAGGUUCCCAAAGGUCCAGAAUGGGCCUGGCAAAAUCCAGAGCUUGCCAUGCCCAUUAAGGACAUCUCCUUCAAAGAAACUUCUCAAGAGGUUCAUCUGUCAGUGUGUGUAUCUAUACUUCAGCUUUGGGGUCUUUUACAUUUUUCUUCGGAAUAAUCAUUUUAGAUAAAUAAAGUCAAAUUCUCCAAG